CAUUUCUCCCUUUCCAUUCUGAGGACAACCUUCGGCAGUUGCACGGCAUCCAGGAGAGUAUCCAGCGGAUGAGACAAGUCAGCGUGCAGACACUACGACUCCAGUCGCAGGUGGGCAGGAGACUUCGCUACGGAGGAGUCGGCGCUGGAUGCAACUGGAGCCUUUCCUGCCCGUCGCUGAGCGGAAGUGGCGGUAGCGGUGGUGGCCAAGGAGGAGUUGCGUCUGGAUUGGCUGGCCACGGAAAUGGCAAUAACAACGAGGCAAAUUGGCUGGGUGCCACGCUGGCCGAUUGGGACUCGCCCACUCCGCCCGGAAUGGCCGCUCAUUAUUGGGUCGGAGGAGAUGGAGGGCCCAGUCAUAAGGCCGGCCUGGCCAACGGAUCGAAGCGGCGACGCAGCUGAGCCAGCCCGUGGGAAGUGGACGAGAUGGGAUUGGCGUCAGCCGGAGGCACAUGUGGCAUCACUUACGAAGAGGCAGGAGGAGGAGGAGCUCUGGAUGGAGUCGGCGGACGGACGAGGAGCAUCAGUUUUAGCAGCGGCGACAUGGAUAACGAGCAAGACGCCGCCGGAGGUGGUCACUCGUCAAGGGCCCGACAGGCCGGAAUUACCACCUCGUCGUCGGCUCUGUCGUCCGGCGAACUCAAAGUCCUGGCCGGACGGCACUCGACCCACUCACUCAACGACAUGGGAUUUCCCUUGAUUCCGGCGCUGCCGACGAAACCGCGCGGAAUGUCCAAGGACGGCGGUGGUGGCGGGCGGGACGGCGAUCCAUCCAAGUGGCUGUCGCCGCGCAUUUUGACGCUGCAGAAAUCCAUUUCCACUCCGUCGAUCCUGGCCGUCAAGGACGGGUCCAAUUUGACGGCCCUGACUUUGUCGAGCAUCAAGAACUCGACGGGCGGUUCCAAUUCGGCCAGCAGCGCGGCAUCCGUCACCAUGGCCGCCGCUAUCAUUGGCCCUUCCGUCGGACCCGGCCCUUCCGCCGCCGGAAUGAUGGCCAAGGAAACGCAGGGCAUCCUGAUGACGGCCACAGCGGCUGGACCGACUUCACCGGGGUUCGAGAACGACGACGACGCCAAUUCUUCCAAGAGACGGAAGCGCGGCAGCAUCUUCUUCCGCAAGCGCAAAGACAAGAGCAAAUUGAAGCAGCCGCACCAGUUUGUGCCCGUUUGCCAUUCGAAUUCCCAGCCGUGCGACGUUUGCUCCAAAUCGCUGACCAACAAGGCGGCCCUGCGCUGCGAGAGCUGCGCCAUCACCGUCCACGAGAACUCGUGUCGCGACCAGGUCAGCGACUGCACCCGGUUCAAAGUGCCCAAGAACAUCCCGCUGGGAUCGAAAGUCUCGUCGCUGGCCAACCUGACGGGCGCCGGGCACGCCAAACUCCAGUCGUCGCACUCGGCCGUCGGGGCCGCCGCUUUCACGGCCUCCAAUCCUUCGUCGGCCGGCUCCUCCCUUUACUACUCGGUGUCGUCCUCGUCGGCCGCCACUUCCGCCGGACUGUCGGCCAUCAACAAUCACGUGACGGCCGGAUCGAGUGCCAACAACAGCGGCAGCACCUGGUCGGUGGCCCAGUCGAUCGGCUCCACCCUGCCGUCGUCGUCCAAUUCCUCGUCGACGGCCGCCACCAACACGCCGGCCUCCUCCUCACAGACGCCCAGCACCCCCAUCGCUAGUCCGCCCUUCGGCAACAGCAAAUGCGGGGCCGGCGCCGACAAGGAUCCCAAUGAUCCGAGCAAUACUCCCAGCGAGGAUCAACCCAGUCAUGCAACCAACGAAGGAGAUGGACACGACACCAUCGAAGGAGUUUUCAAUGCUGCCGAUAUCAAAGACUUGGAUCUGGACCCCGAGCUGGGCAUCCUGGACGAAGAGGCCGAGGCCUGGGUGGGCACGGUCGACAAGAAAAUCUCCAAGAAAUUGAAGGAGAAGGAAAUCAAACGACAGGAGCACAUUUACGAGUUUAUCAUCACCGAGAAACAUCACUGCCUCACGCUCAAAGUCAUGCAAAAGAUUUUCGCCGAAGGAAUGCGGAGGGAGAUGCGGCUGAGUUCGGAGACGGUCGACAGGAUCUUCCCGUGCCUGGAGGAGCUGAUUGAGUACCACCUGCAGUUCCUGCGCCGCCUGAGGCAGCGCCAGCGUCAGGAGUCGAUCGUGUCGACCAUCGAGGACAUUCUGCGGGUCCAGUUCUCCGGUCUGCUGGGCGACCAGCUGUGCUCUCUAUACGGUGAAUUUUGUAGCCGCCACCAGGAGGCGGUGUCCAUGUACAAGGAGAUGAUCAAGGAGGAUCGCAAGUUUGCCGCUUUCGCCCGCCAGUGCACGUUGAAUCCGCUGUGCAAGAAGAAGGGCAUCCCCGAGUGCAUUCUCUUUGUCACGCAGCGCAUCACCAAGUACCCGCUCCUCAUCGAUCCUCUCAUCAAGACGUCCAGGGAGCAGCCGGAAGAGUGUCUCAAACUCCAGCAAGUCCUCGGCUUCGUCAAGGACAUUUUGAUUGGAGUCAACGCCCAAGUGGCCGAAAAGGAGCGCAAGUUGAGGCUGAUUGAAGUCUACAACAAGAUCGACGCCGAAUCGGCCACCACCUACAAGAACAAAAAGUUCAAAAAGUCGGACCUCCUCUCCAGCAACCGGCGGCUCAUGUUCGAGGGCGUGGCCUAUCUCAAUCACGCCAGGGGCAAAGUCCAACUGGUCACGGUCGUCGUCCUCUCGGACGUUGUUUUCUUCCUUCAGGAGUCGAACCAAAAAUUCCAUUUCGUCACUCAGGACAACAAGGCCGGAGUCAUUUCGCUGCAAAAGUUAUUUGUCCGCGAGAAAGCCGGCGGCCAGGAUACGCGGAGCAUUUACUUGAUCAGUUCCAAUCCGGACGAGCCGGAAAUGUACGAGCUGCAGUGCCAGAAUCCGCGCGAGAAGCGCAUCUGGAUCGAUACGAUCCGGGCGGCCGUGGAACAGUGUCCGGAAGACGAGGAAGGGAACGUGAGCGAAGGUGAGGAGCAGCGCAAAAUCCGCGAGGCCCAGGACAUUAAGACCCGCCAGCUGAUCGCCACCCUGAGGGAGAAGGAUCGACAGCUGGGCAGUUUGCUGGAAGAGAAGAUGGCCACCUUUUGCGAGCUGGUGGAGCUGCUGGCCAACAACGAGGACAGCACCAGCUCCUGGCUCCUCCUGGGCUCGGACAGCGCCCCGCCCAAAUACAGUCACCUGGUCGAGCAGGGAUUCCAGUCUGCCCAGGCCAAGGAAACGCUGUCGCAGGCCAUGACGAAACUCUGCCGCCUCCUGGGUUUGCUCCUCUCCAGCAACGCGGCCGCCAACUGGAACUUGUCCCGCAGCGUCAGCUCGGUGGGCGAGAGGCACAGCGACACGUUCUCGAUGCCUCUGCUGCCCAAACGGGCCGAAACGUUCGGCGGAUUCGACCAGAACGGCAAGGAGAAGGGCUGCGUCAAGAAGAAGUCGGCCACCGAUUUGACGGCCGUCGAGUCGACGACAACAACAACGAACAACCAACGAACAACCGGCUUCCUGGUCGGCCCAGACUCCGCCCGUCUUGCAGUUGAACGGCGACCAACAGGCGAUGGGAUUGGAGCUGGUCCACAACGUCAGCACGCUCCUGUGUCUGUUGUCCAGUCAAGCGACGGCCUUUGAAUCGUUGCGCAACCAUUUCCUGGCCGAGAUCAAAGCCAGUCACAGCGGAACGGCCCUGACGUCGGCUCCUUUCGGCUCCUCGUCGGCCACUUUGGCCAAAUUCCAGCACAAGGCCAGUCACAACCAGCGGCUGGAGGAGUUGCGCAACCUGCAGGAUCGGCUGUCCAAGGAGAAGGCGGAAUGGUCGCGCGAACGGACCAUGCAGGAGGAGCACAUCAGCGAGCAGCG